UCUGCUGCGCCCGUGUGUUGGAGGCUUGUCAUAUCGAAAAAUAUAUAUACGUAUAUAUAUUUUUAAACACAUUCUAACUUAGCUUUUCAUUAAGCUGUAUUAUACAAAAUCGUCUUAAAAUUGUUUACAAUAAAAAGGAAAUAGAUACAAGUCACCAUCUCUUUUAACAUUAGGCGCAUUUUUUUCUCUCCCAGUUUGGCUCAAAAUGACUUUUUCCGCAGGUGGAAAAAUGCGACGCACCAAAAACUAAAGUUAUCUAACUCGGGAAUCCCGUUUUAUGGGGCUAAAACGGACUGAGAGCUGUUUGAAUCAAGUUAAGUUUUAUUUUUGUGGCAAUGUUGCUGACUCGGAUCAAAGUGGUAUGUGUUGUCCUGUGCCUUACUGGCUUCAGGGAGCCCUGGAAUACCUCAGAUGUUUCUGCGGUUCUCCACGGAGGAAUGGCACAUCAAGGUUUUAUCAAAUCUGUAAAUGAUGCAAACCUGAUGUUUGAGUUCUUAUGGAGAGGACUGGAGAUUGAUGCCGACAAUAACGUUGUCAUGCUGGAUCAAGAAAUGGCAUCUAUGCGACAAGGGCGAGUUUUCUUAUCUCUCAUAAACGACAGUAUCCCAAAAACUGUGCCUGCAAUGGAAAAGUUACUGGCUAUGCUGGAAGAGCAAGACAACUCUUUCGCUCAGGCCCGUUUUGAGACCCUCCUCCUCGGGACUAUCUAUUCAGCCUACCAGGCACGAAACCAGAGGCUGGAGUCAGAGCAGCAAGCCUGGAUAGAUAUUCUCGGUCGUUUUGCAAAUGUUACUUUCGUUCAGCUACGCAGGUAUUAACCAACAAUAAACAUACCAGUGAUUUAGAAGGUCACGCAUACAGAAAAUCAGAUAAAGAGUGUGCAUAUUUAACGAGGGAAUGGCUUUGAGCUCGGAAUUUGGCCCAAACCCAGAGUACUUCCCCGUAUCCUAGGCUGGGAUAGGAAAAGUUGAAAGUGAGGAGUUGGAGUGGAAACUCGGCUACAUAUAUAGGCCUCCUCGUGCUGAUUGGGUGAAUUAAGUAACAUUCUGAUUAUUUGUACCUGGUUUAUAUGACUCAAAGCACAAUUUGUAAAGAAUAUGACCCUUUUAUUACCCUAAUAAAGACGCAUAACAUGAAGUUUGUAUUGUAAAAAAGUACAAAAGUUUAUUUUGAACAGAAUAUACAUAUUUUAGGCCCUA